AUGAACAAAACCAUAUUCAAAGGUCAAGUGACAUGUGAAUUAUUGAUAAUAACUAUCGCUGUUCUUAAUGUUUUCUUCCUCUUGCGAUCGUAUGAUUUGCCUCAAUACAAUCUUCGCGAUCAUCAUCGUCUUAUUUAUACUGAUAAUCACUUUCAAAUCCAUGAGCAACGCAUUAACGAGAUUUUCAUUUUCCAGUCUAAUCUAUCGGUAUAUGCUGUGUGUAAAUCACAAAUAUCAGAACCCUUAGAAUGCAACAGACUUUCUAAAGGAAGAAUUUUUAUUGUUAAAAAUCCCGAGAGAAUUGGAUGGAUUCCUUUUGUAUCAAACAAUUGGGGAAACACAUUAUCAUCUUAUUGGCAAGCUCGAGGUGCAGCUUUUCUAUUUGGAAGUCCAUUUUCAUUUAGUGGCUGGAAUACUCCUACGUGGAUUAGUUAUCUUCCUGUGUCAGUGGCCUCUAUAAAUUCGAGCUCAUGUGUCAAAGCUUACCCUGAAUUAUUCCGUCGUUUAUGUAAUAAUUCUGGACCCUAUUGUGACAUGGAAUAUGCACAUAAAUGUGUCGGAGCAUGGAAUUAUAUUCGAAAUCAAAUACUACAAGAAACUAGAUCAGCAUUAGAACGUUGGGCUCGAUUAAACUAUGAAACAAUACCCAUUUUCAAUCGUUCUGAGAUGGUAACAUACGACCGAUGCUCAGAAGACACUAUUCUUGAUCAUUCUGAAUAUGGACCUGUCGGUUUUAGUGUAUUCAAAUACAUUCCAAAAACAGUGACAGUUUUAUAUUAUGUGUACGACGCAAGGAGAACUACCUUCUUUUGUGAUAUUUUACGUAGAGAACAAACAAAAUAUCUAAAAAGUAUACGUCCAGAUAUAAUUAUUAUUAAGUCAUCAGGUAGCAUUUGGCAAGACUUUGCUAAACUCGUCUAUGCUCCCUAUGUGUUAGUUACUUAUGCUGGAUCAUCAUUUGCGCUGUGGGCCACUUUGGCAAAUAUUGGACAUGUAUGGAUUCCGCCACUGUAUGGUGGAAUGACACCAGAUGUUGGAAGCAACUAUCAUUGGAUUAGUACACCAGUAUUGUAUCCUUCAAUUGGAAAACAAUUAAACGUGACAAAACCAGAAAAUAUAAGUGAUGUUAACAAGCUUAUCAAAUGGCUGAGAAACAUAUGA